AUUCAAGAUGUACAGAAAGUUGCUCCCCAGGUUAUGCCAAGCUUGUGAGAGAGGGAGCCCCAGUUUGCUGCUAUGACUGUUCUCUGUGUAUGGAAGGAACAUUCUCUGGGCAAGAAGAUGCAGCCCAUUGUGAAAAGUGUCCAGAUGACCAAUAUUCCAAUAAGAAGCGAGAUCAGUGUGUCCCCAAAAAUAUAAGCUUCUUAUCCUAUCAAGAAUUGUUGGGACUCAUCCUGGCUUUCUUUGCCAUCGCUUUGUCCCUAACCACCGCCUUUAUUCUGGGAAUCUUCAUGAAAUACCGAGACACUCCCAUAGUCAAAGCCAACAACUGUGAACUCACCUACAUCCUCCUGGUUUCACUCCUGCUUUCUUUCUUGACCUCCCUUCUAUUCAUCGGUCGCCCCGUGAAAAUGACCUGUCUCCUUCGACAAACCAUUUUCAGUGUUGUUUUCUCAGUUGCUGUGUCUUCCUUGCUGGCCAAGACUGUCAUGGUGGUGGUGGCCUUUCUGGCCACAAAGCCAGGCAGCAGCAUGAGGAAAUGGCUGGGGAAGAGUCUGGCCAACUCUGUUGUUUUAUCCUGCUCUGGUAUUCAAGUAGGCCUCUGUAUGAUGUGGCUGGGAGUCUUUCCCCCAUUCCCAGAUUCGGACUUUCACUCCCAACCAGAACACAUCCUGCUGCAGUGCAAUGAAGGCUCUGUCACCAUGUUCUACUCUGCUCUUGGCUACAUGGGUUUUUUGGCUGCCAUCUGUUUCUUGGUGGCAUUUCUGGCUCGAAAUCUGCCAGGGGCUUUUAAUGAAGCCAAACUGAUCACCUUUAGCAUGUUGGUUUUUUGUAGCGUUUGGAUCUCCUUUGUUCCCACUUAUCUGAGCACCAAAGGGAAAUACAUGGUAGCCGUGCAGAUCUUCUCCAUCCUGGCCUCUGGCCUGGGUUUACUGGGCUGCAUCUUUAUCCCCAAAUGCUACAUUAUUAUCCUGAGACCUGACAUGAACACCAAAGAACAUCUGACGAUAAAAAAUCAUUAAGAUUAUUUCUGUUGAUGUUUAUUUUUGUAGUUUACAUGCAACAUAAAAUCACAUUCUUUGAAGUAAUGUUUUCUGUGUUGUCACUUAUCUUUUUUCAUUCCAUGAGAAUUUUGAAUUUUAAAAGUUAUUAUAAUUGAGUAGUAAUGUUGCUAAAACAACUCAAACUAUCUGAAAUAAUCAUAUCUUCAAUUUUCUGGAACCAGGCUAGAUAAACUAUUACCAGAAAUGUUCUGAUAUGAUUUUAGAUUAAAUUAAAGACUAUUGC